CUCUGUCUCCUCCCCCCCCCCCAUGGCUGAGCCUCUACUGGCGGAGAAGGCGCCGCCGCCGCGUCCUCCUCCUCAGGCGGGACAGGUGUGUCCCUCAGGCACAGGCGGUGCUUCAGGUGUGAGGGGCGUGUCCUCGCCUCAGGUAGGAGGAGGCGCCGCCGCCGCCUCACCGCCAGGCUCCAGCUUCGCCGCCACCCCCAUCCCCACCCGCUCGGGGCCCAUGGGCGCCCGCGUCGGGCUGGGCCGGUGCGCGGGCGCCUUCUGGAUGGCGCUGCUCUGCGACGCCGUGGGCCUGGCCAUUUUGCUGGUGGGCGUCUUCCUCGACGUCUUCUUCGCCGACCUGCUUAUCUACGGCGGCGGCGUGGGCAUCUUCUUCAGCCUCCUCUGGUGGGUCUUCUGGUACGUGGGCAACCUGGAGGUGCCGCAAGCCGAGCUGCAGGACGACGUCGGGCUCCGCCGGGCGGCCAAGAAGAAGCUGAAGGCGGGUGGAGGAGGAGAAGGCCGGGCCCGGGGGCUGGCCGGCAUCGUCAGGACCCUCAGCCUGCGCUUGUCCUUCACUUCCUUUCCCCACUUCGCCGACUCCGACCGGCCGCACGCCCGCUUCGCCAGCUCGGCCGCUACGGGCGCCAGCGCGCUGGAGUUGCAGCCGGCCUGAAGGGUGAAGCGAAGGGAAGAAGGGACGAAGGAAACCAGCGAGCCCUGAAGCAGGCGGAAGAGGCAGGAAUUGUUGAAGGCGAUAAUUAACUAUUGUGAGUUAUGGGGGAAAAGAAAUGUGAACUUAAUCUUCAUCAGAUGCUGGAAAAACUACAUAGAACCAUCAGUUAACUCCCUGGAACUGUGUAAUGAAGCCACAUCUCAGCCAAAUAUUUUUGCUUCAGAGUUAUGCUUGAAAACAACAUUGCUUAUAUCUAAAGCAAUGUAAAAGGAUUUAUAUUCAGUUAUUCAAAUUAACAAUUACUUCUGGAUUAAUGUUUUUAAAAGACUUAUCCAUGAUUUGGAUAGAACUUCUGUUCUUAAAACUAGGGCAUUGAUUCUCAACAAUGUAUGCAAGUGAUUAAAACUCAUAUGUAGAAGUAUUCACAGGACUAAGAUAUUUGAAUAGUUAUUUUGACACCUUGAAGUCAAUGUUUAAAGUCCUCAAGAGUGCCUUAAACAUAUGGCAACAUGUUUUAUUUAUAUGAAUGUUCUUAUGAUCCCUGUGUGAAGGAGCUUUAUAAUUUUUCGUUGAACACAGUGGGUUGGAUCCACCUAAAUUAGUUGAAUUUGUGUCCCUUUGAAAUCAGUGGGUGGUACAAUUUCUAACUAAAAAAUAGUUAAUAGAAAUAGUUCAUACUCAGCAUAGAUCCAUUGAAGUCACUGGACAAGUUAUGUAAGUCCAUUGAUUUCGGUGGGCGGUCUCUGAGUAUGACUAACAUUGGAUCUCACCAAAUGGAACUUGCCCGACUGAUUUUCAGUGGGACUUGGUCAGCUGAACUUAUUUUAGAUUCAUCCUAGUCAUUUUGUGGAUUUUUAUACUGUAAAAUAUACUGAACUGAAUGUCUGCUCCCUCAAAUCCUCAGGUUCACCAUCACCCUUUUUUAAAGCUUGAAAUUAGAAAUGUUGCAGCUUAUAGGGAAAAUAGAAAUGCACUAGAUUCUACUACAAUGUGAAAUGGGUGACGGUCAGUCAGUGAUUUUUAUAAUUCUAGCAAUAUAUGUUCAUUAUCUAGAGAAUGCUGGUAUUACCAAGAAAAUUGGAAGGUUUACUAUUUGUACAUGCUUCAUUAAAUAAACCUUUGCCCCUGUGA